AUUGAGGGUCUGAACUGCACCCGCAAAUCAAGAGAGAGUCCAAUGAACUUUAGCCAUUUAGGGUCCCAUAUCAUGAGCUUUACUCUAAUACCAUGUUAAAUCGGGUCUGAGCCGUACCCGCAAACCGAGAGAGAAUACACUUCACAAUACCAAAGGAGGUUCCAUCCCAAAAUCACAUGACAAUAAGAAGAGAAGUCCCUUAGCCUUUUAAAGUAAUUAACUCUGUCAUCUUCAAUCAAUAUGGAACACUUACACGUGGUGAUUCUCGAGACAUCUAUUCUUCAACAAAAACAAAACCUAAAUCAUUGAAUUCAGUAUAGCUCCCUAUGUAGUAUAUUGAACCCUAAAGGUCUAAUUAUCCAACCCUUCGAGCAAAUUGCUCCAAAUACGCAAAAGCCCAACCCACAAAACAAAAAUCAAAAAUCCAAAAUCCAAAAUCCAAACCCUUACCACAAUCAUCCCUUCAAUUCCCCUGUAUUUCCCAUAAUACAUCACCAAAGCCGCUGAACACCCUGCCACUUCCAAAUCUCCGGCGACCAUAUCUCAGCGACGGUGAAAUUUUCCGACCGUUCUCAUGCAUGGAUACUUCCGAUGCUCCUCCACUACGAUGAGAAGAUCCUCCUCCAUCCUCACCACUUUCCGCCGCCAUAUUUCCUCCACCACCGCCGUCGUCACCGCCACCACCUCCGACACCUCCGAUGACAUCACCACCCUCCUCUCCUCCAUUCUCUCUCUUCCGAAUUGGCAAAAAUACCCCUCCUUCAAACGCAUCCUCCCUUCCAUCUCCCCCACCCAUGUCUCCCUCCUCUUUGACCUCCACUCUCUCUCUCCUCAAACUGCCCUCACAUUCUUCUACUUUCUCUCUCAUCGCCCUAACUUCCGCCACAAUGCCCGCUCCCACGCCUCGCUUUUACCCAUCUUGGUUCGAGCUAAGGAGUUUCAAAGUGCUGAGAGAAUCAGGAUGUCGAUGAUCAGGUACUGCGUACAAGAUUCCGAUGAGGUGAGGAAUGUUGUAAACUCUUUGAUCAAGUUGAACUCUAAAGAUUUGGGGGAAUUUCGAUUUGGGUUGAAUCUCAGGUGUUAUAAUUUCUUGCUUAUGGCUUUAUCUAGGUUUAAUUUGAUUGAUGAUAUGAUUCGUGUUUAUAAUACUAUGUUGAAUGAUGAUGGAAUUCAGCCGAAUAUUUAUACUUUUAAUAUCAUGAUUAAUGGGUUUUGUAAGUUGGGGAAUGUUGAUGAAGCUCGGGUGUAUUUGGGUAGGAUUUUGGGGGCGGGUUUGAGCCCCGAUUCGUUUACGUAUUCUUCGUUUAUUUUAGGGUAUUGUAGGAAUAAGGAUUUGGAUAGUGCUUUUAAGGUGUUUAGGGAGAUGCUGCGAAAAAUGUGUAAGAGGAAUGAGGUUUCGUAUAACUAUAUUAUUCAUGGUCUUUGUGAGGAGGGUAGGAUUGAUAAAGGGUUGCAUUUGUUGUCUAAGAUGGAGGUGGACAAUUGUCGGCCCAAUGUGAGGACGUAUACGAUUCUUAUAUCUGCGUUGUGUGGAGCGAGUAGGGGAGUUGAGGCGAUGAAAUUGUUUGAUGAGAUGAGGGAGAAAGGGUGUGAGCCAAAUGCUCAUACUUACACCGUGUUGAUUGAUUACUUGUGUAAAGAACAUAAGCUCGAUGAGGCUAGGAAGUUGUUUGAUGAGAUGUCGGAGAAGAGACUGGUUCGUAGUGUUGUUACAUACAAUGCCCUGAUUGAUGGUUAUUGCAAGCAAGGGAAGAUUGAAGCGGGAUUUCAGAUUUAUAACCUAAUGAAGACGAAUGGUUGUUAUCCUAAUGUUCGAACUUACAAUGCAUUGAUAUGCGGGCUUUGUAAAGUUAAUAAAGUACCCGUAGCUAUGGCAUUGCUUGAUAAAAUGGCUGCACGUAAACUAACUCCUAGUUUGAUUACAUAUAACUUGUUGAUUAAGGGGCAGUGUAAAGAUGGGCAUAUAGAAACUGCUUUUCGAUUGCUUGAUUUGAUGAAGGAAAGCGAGGUGCAACCUGAUGAAUGGACUUACAGCACUAUUAUUGAUUCCCUUUGUAAAGCGGGAAGGGUCCAAAAGGCUCGUGCCAUUUUUGACUCUCUUAAGGAGAAUGGUGUAAAGGCAAAUGAAGUAACUUUUGCUGCACUAAUUGAUGGCUAUUGCAAGGCAGGAAAAAAUGAUUAUGCCCAUGCCUUAUUUGAGAUGAUGCUCCAAGAGAAGUGCAUGCCAAAUUCUUUUGUCUACAAUGUGCUCAUUGAUGGCUUGUGCAGAGAGAAAAAGUUGAACGAGGCUUUAUUGUUGUUGAAGAAAAUGAUAGUUGCAAAUGUGAAGCCAGACAUAUGUACAUAUUCCAUAAUUAUUAAUGGAAUUCUCAAAGAUGGCUCUCUUGAUGAUGCUUAUAGAGUUCUAGAGCAGAUGCACACUGCAGGUUAUAAGCCUGAUGCUUGCAUAUAUACUUCAUUUAUCCAUGCUCACUGUAGCAGGGGAAACUUAGAGGAGGCAGAAAAUUGGACGAAGAUUAUGAUUGAAGGAGGCGUUUUGCUAGAUGUUGUCACUUACACUGUCCUUAUUGACGGGUAUGGUUGCCUAAGAUCACUAACUCAAGCCUUUAAUGUCCUCAAGCAAAUGAUGGAUGCUGACUGUGAACCUUCUGAGCUUACUUAUUCUGUUUUGAUUAAGCAUAUUUUGAAUGAGAAGCGGCUAAUUAGUGAAGAAAAAGGAACUGGUACUGUUGUGCAUAUGUAUGUCAGUUCAUCUGAUGUAGCUUAUGUUUGGAAGGUGGUGGACUUUGAAACAGUUAUAGAGCUCUUAAAAAACAUGACUAAACAUGGCUGUGCACCGAGCAUUUGCACUUAUAAAACUCUCAUUGAUGGAUUUUGCAAAAGAGGACGAAUCAAGGAAGCUCAAUGGCUGGUUGAUUACAUGAAACAUGGUGGAAUUCAACCAGAUGAAGGUAUCCAUAAUUCCAUCAUAAAAUGCAACUGCAUGCUAGGAUUGUACGAAGAAGCCUUCCAGCUGAUCAAUAACAUGGUUACAAUGGGUGAGUUACCACACCUGGAAUCUUAUACAUCAAUUAUUUGUGGAUUGUGUGCUAAAGAGGAUAUGAAUCAAGCAGAGGCAGUAUUUUGCAGCCUACUUCGUUGUGGGUAUAAUAAUGAUGAGAUAGCAUGGAAAGUUCUGAUUGAUGGCUUGCUGAAGAGGGGUCUUGUCGAUAGUUGUUCUGAACUAGUUAAAGUCAUGGAGAACAAUAAUUGCCACCCAAAACCUCACACUUAUUCAAUGUUGAUUGAGGGUCUUCUAGGUAUUUCAGAGGGAAAAUAACCUAUGAUAUCACCGUUGCUACCAAGUCAGAUGUAUUCUUUUUGGUUAUAUGUGCUCCAGUAUUUUUAUAAAUGGCAAUGUAGGAUGUUAUCCAUGUGAUGGAUUACCAGACGAAGAUAUUGAAACUGCGGUUCAUAAUUCAAGGGGACCAAGAUCUGCUUUAUUUGCUGCAGAGUGGAAAAUUUUAGAUGAGCCACUCAUCCAUGGUUAAUGAGCUGCAAUGUUAUGCUGUCCUCAGAAAACGAGUCGAUGAGGUUGUGGGAUGAUUUUUGCGGGAAAGCCUUAACUCUUCAGAGAGCAUUAUAAGACACCUCAUUGAAAUGGAGGAUGGUGGUGAAUCUGACACAACUCAAGUUUCUCAAAGGAGUUCAAGAUUUAGAGCAAAUGUCAGGUCACUAGCAAAUGGCUUUAUUAAGCCACCAGCCAAUGGAGUGAUAUCGGAUCAGGAUUAAUGAUGUCAAGUCCUUGGCUUCAGCUUAUAAGUAGUGAGACGGAGACCCACCUACCAAUGAUCUAUACUAUCUAUCUACAUUGAAGACCUUGUUAACGUGUGAAUUUGAUAUUUCUAUCUGAAGAAAUCUCCUGUGUCUGCUGGAAGGAGUUCAGUUAACCUUCUUCUUUGGGGCAUGUGCUAGUUAUUUAUACAAGCUUUGGAGAGUAUAGAGAGAUGAAAGAUUCUUCUGAGAUUGAAUGCUUGAUUAGUCUUUGAGAUUUGAGGCUGAAAAACUCUUCACAGUACAUCUACAGGGUUUAUAUUUAUGUAAGAUAGGUCAGUUUACCCAAGUGCCCACUCUUUUUAAGGGUUUUGGAAGCUUUCUUUCAUUACUGUUAAGUGUUGGCAUUUUUGGAGUAUAUUUUCCCCUCUAUAGUUUUACUGUUAUACAUUCUUUAACGAACUUAUCAGACUGUAAUAUGAAUUGCAUGCAGUUAUAUAUCUGAACUUCAGUACCAAGCUUAGAAAUCUUGUAAAUAAUUUGCCAGCACCUUUCUGCUUUAUUUGUCAACUACUUAUGUGCUUGAUCAUUA